AUGUCGAAAGUGGGAUACGACGUCCUUCUACUAGCGGGCGACCUAGCGUACGCGGACUUGAAGCAACGGUUAUGGGACGCCUUCGGACACCUCGUGCAGCCGCAGGCAAGCCGCCGCCCGUGGAUGGUCACCCAAGGCAACCACGAAAUCGAGAGAAUCCCUUUCCUACACAAGGAGAAGUUCACAUCGUACAACGCCCGGUGGGUCAUGCCACACGCCGAAAGCAGGUCCCCAUCCAACUUGUUCUACUCCUUUGAGGUUGGCGGGGCCCACAUCGUCAUGCUCGGUUCGUACGCCGAUUUCGAGCCAAGGUCGGACCAGUACAGGUGGCCGGAGGCCGACCUGGAUCAGGUUGACCGGGGGAAAACCCCGUGGCUCGUGGCCAUAACGCACGCGCCGUGGUACAACACCAACAAUGCACACCAAGGGGAGUACGAGUCGAGCAUCAUGAGGGAGUCGAUGGAGGAUUUGCUCUACAAGGCGAGCGUCGACGUGGUUUUCGCGGGUCAUGUUCAUGCGUACAAACGUUUUGAGCGCGUCUACAAGAACAAAGCCGAUAAAUGUGGGCCCGUGUAUAUAACAAUUGGGGAUGGGGGUAACCGCGAAGGCCUUGCUACGAGCUACAUUGAUCCACAACCAAAUAUUUCUGCGUUUAGAGAGCCGAGUUUCGGGCACGGGAAAUUUAAGAUAGCAAAUGCGACUUACGCUUUGUGGACAUGGCAUAGAAACGACCACGAUGUUGCCGUUGCAUCUGACCAAAUCUGGUUGACGAACCUCGCGAUGCUUACCAAUUGUUCUUUAUAUGCUCAUCUAAACAUUAUUCAAUAA